AUGGCUGCUGCGGACGUUCACUUCAAGCUCAACACCGGCGCUGAGAUCCCGGCCCUUGGUUUGGGAACAUGGCAAUCCGCUCCUGGAGAAGUCGCCCGCGCCGUGAGCCAUGCCAUCAAAGUGGGAUACCGCCACAUUGAUACCGCUCUAUGCUACGGCAACGAGCACGAGGUUGGUCAGGGUAUUAAGGAGGCCAUUGACGCAGGAAUCGUCAAGCGCGAGGAUCUGUUCAUCACUACCAAGCUUUGGUGCUCCUACCACGCUCGUGUCGAGGAGGGUCUGGAAGAGAGUUUGAAGAACCUGGGUCUGGAAUACCUGGACCUGUACCUGAUGCACUGGCCGCUGGCAAUGAACCCCAAGGGCAACCACCCCAUCUUCCCCAAGCUUGCCGAUGGCUCGCGGGACAUUGACCACAGUCACUCCCACGUUACCACCUGGAAGAGCAUGGAGAAGCUGGUUGGCACCGGCAAGGUUAGAGCCAUUGGUGUCUCUAACUACAGCGUCCAGUACCUUGAGGAGCUCCUGCCCCAGGCAACCAUCAUCCCGGCCGCCAACCAAAUCGAAAACCACCCAUCUCUGCCCCAGCAGGAGAUUGUCGACUUCUGCAACCAGAAGGGUAUCCACAUCACCGCCUACAGCCCUCUGGGUAGCACUGGUAGCCCACUGUUCACUGCGGCACCGAUUGUGGCCGUUGCGGAAAAGCGAGGUGUUACCCCUGCUACUGUUCUUCUGAGCUGGCACAUUGCGCGCGGCUCUUCCGUCCUUGCCAAGUCGGUCACUCCUUCCCGUAUCGAGGCCAACCGCACCGACCUGAUCAAGUUGGAUGCCGAGGAUCUCGCCACUAUCAAGGAGUACUCCGAUUCCCUAGCAGCCAGCAAGUCUUUCCAGCGUUUCGUCUUCCCUCCUUUCGGCAAGGACUUUGGUUUCCCCGAUAAGCAGUAA